AUGUUGUUCGCCCCUUGGGCGAAGACUUCGAGGCUGGCCUGGACCAGAACCUUUGAUGCGUGGUCAUCGCAGGGCGAGCAGCACUAUGGCACCUGGAAGCUUAAGAAUGAGCACGUCUGUUGCGAGACGCAUGAGCCCCAAGAAGAGGCCGGCGAGACAGAGAUGAGAUAUGCACCAGCGGGCUACAAGUUCUCCGUGCCGGUCGAUGACAUCUUGAACGCACAAGGUGGCUACUUCCAGGCAAAAGAUGGAGCCAAAGCAGCUGACUGGGAGUUACCCGCCAGAACAGGGAAGGCCAGCGACGGCCAGAACACCGUUAUCCAAGGAGAUUGGGAGCCGGUGCCAGCCAUCCAGCAGGAGGCCGUCCAGCGCCCAGUGAGACCCGAUUCGAGGUACGUCGAGAUCGAUGGAGUCAUCCACGAGGUCUCCGGCGACAUCGUGGCCAAUUGGCCUGAAGAUGACUGGCCGCGCUUGAUGCGCUGUCGGCUUCUCUUUGGUAUCCGAGGUUGA